AUGGCCUUCAUCCCUGUCAUCAUCUGCCUCAUGUCCCUGAUUGGCCACAGCUCCUCUCACCCCUUCUCCUCCCCCCUCCUCCCCCGGGGGUGCAGUGGGGAUGUGGAGCCCCCCUACAGAGUGCUGUGUGACCUGGAGGCGGUCUGGGGCAUCGUCCUGGAGGCUGUGGCCUGCUGUGGUGGCCUCGCCUCUCUGGUCCUCGCAGUUCUGCUGAUAGUCAAGCUCCAUGCGGUUUCUGAGCCAUCCAAGCGAUCCGGAGUGGGGCCUCUGCUUCUGCUCCUGGGCACGCUCCUCGGGCUUUUCACCAUCUCUCUGGCGUUCCUGGUGGGGAAGACCCAGGUGUUGUGCGUCGUCCGCAGGGCCUUCUGGGGACCCCUCUUUGCGCUCUGCUUCUCUUGUCUGGUGGUGCAGGGCGUGAGGCUCAGGAGGCUGGUGGCCGGAAAGUCGAGCCCAACGGGGAGUGCCCUGGCAGCACUUGGACUGGCUCUGGCUUUGGUUCAGGGGAUCAUUUCUGCUGAAUGGGUUCUGCUGACAGUAGUUAGAGAGGGUCACCCAGCUUGUGAAUAUCCACCUCUGGACUUUGCUCUGAUGUGCAGCUACACCCUGGGCCUACUCCUCAUAGCCAUGGGUCUGUCUCUCGGGGUGGUGCUGUGUGGAGGAGAGUGGGCUGAUGAGGGCGGAGAUGGCAGAGAAGAAGACAGAGAAGAAGAGAAUGAAAGACGGAGAUGGAAAUGUAACGCCGUCUGGGUCUUUCUGUCCAGUCUGGCAUCGGCGUUGCUAUGGGUGGCCUGGCUGGGGUUUUACCUCUAUGGCAGCCAGGUGCUGAGGGGAAAGGGUGGUAGAGACAAAGGAGGAGGAGGAAGGAAUGGUCUGAAGGUGUUGGAUGAGCCUGCACUGGCCGUGGCCUUGGUGAUUCAGGGCUGGAUCCUGCUGCUGUUCCACGCCAUUCCAGAGUCACACUUCUGUCUGCAGAAAACUCCAGAAUCCAACACACAAGAUUACUUCGACACGAGUCGCACGUCUCCGGCUCCGCCUUUUGGAGAAGAGCUACCUGCACAUUCCCACCAAUCCUUCCAGGAAAACCAGGCCUUUUCGAUGGAGGAGCACAGCACAACUGUUCGAAGUGGAACAUACCAUGGAGGCCAUGGGGGUGGCCGUCCAGGCAUUGCCUUCAGGGGCCACGUCUACCAGCCAACUGAGAUGGCCUUGGUCAUGAACGGCGGGACAAUGCCCACGGCUCCUAUUAACUACACAGGAAGACGUUUAUGGUAAAGUGACGACGAGACCUGACAAGAAACGCUAAAGUCACCUUUGCUAAAUUUGCCUAAGAAGAAGAAAGAGUUGGGAUGUUUUUGUGUUUCUGCACACAUUACAAAGGGACUUGGCUCAAAAACACAAGAGAGGGAGAAUAAACUCACAGCUGAGUUCAUAUUUGUUCAAUUCUGUUCAAAUGAAAUAUUAACCCACUAUAACCAACCAGUUAUUUUUUCUAUACCAUGAGGAACUUGGGCCUAGAGAUGCGUUGAAGUACAUGUUUAGCUUGACUUCAGAGCUAUGAAUGCAGUUUUCAGAGUAACAAAAUCCAACUGUCAUAUUUGGCUUUUAGCACAACAACACCAUGUCUACAAAGCUUGCUUGGCCUCUGUUCUGCGUUUCAGGAUUCUUAUGGUGAAUGUUUUUCUCUUGAGCUAAUCCAGACUGGGAAGUUCUGCUUUUGUGUAAUCCAAAUACCAAAUAUUAGGCUGAGCUUGUGGAUCACUGGAGAAGCAGAUGGAUUUAAGGGGAGAAUGAAACAAUUCAAAUCAAUACUAUUGUUUUAAAACUAAACACGUAUAAUAAAAGCCAUUGAACACUGCAAUACUUACUCUACAGUACAGAGAUUACUGUUGAAAGUAUUAUUUUUUAAUCAUUUUUAAAUUUUAUCAAAGCAGAAUUGUGAGGCUUUUGCAUGUAAAAGCAGUUCAUAGGUCCUAAAGUAUUUUAUCUACAGUGUGUGUUUAAAUGUAUAUUUUGGGUGUUUUUUGGAAUACGUAUUUAUUCAUAUUUAUAUUGAAGAUUCGUACACAACUAACACUUUGACAAAUCCUCAUCUGCUAAUUAAAGCAUAAACAAAAUGGCCUUAAAGUUAAAUAAACUAAAUAUUUAAGUAACAUUUUGUACAUCCAAUCUAAAAACUGUUAUAUACCUUCAUAAUGUUAAGUCUUGAUGCCAUGGACCAAUCCAAAGUUUUUUCUGCAUUAAACCAGAUCCUGACAAAGACCUCAUCCACACUAAUACAGAUUUGUAGCUACAUUUUGUGGCUUUUUCACCUCCUACAUUUGAAAAUGAGUGUUUUUCAUUAAAAGUGGAUUAUUUAGACGUUUUAAAGGUUUCAGUUAUUUCAGUUUGCCAUCAGAAGUAGGCAACAAAAUCCUGUUUUAUUUAGAUGAAAAGAACCAAGAGUGCUAAUGCUAAGGCUAAUGCACAUUUGUGAGAGAGGGAGCCAUUGUGAAUUUUCAGGUUGGGGUUACAACAUACAUUUCAAUUUUGGGGGAAAUUCAGUUAAUUUUUGUAACAUGACAAUCAAUAAUGCUUCACAGUGAAACCUCUUUCACACUGAAUGUGGAUCUGAUGUGGAACUAAUGUGGUCCGGUUUCCGUAGGCUUCCCCAUACAUCAAAAAUCGAGUCCAUCCAGAGCAUUUACAUCGACUAUGGUACAGACCCGGCUAUGGAGCUCUGAAAAGUUUCUGCAUGUGCUUUUUUUUUCCAGACGCCACACACGUAUUGUCAUGAAGUUAAUUACAGAGCCAGACAGGAAGUGAGACAUCUUUCAGCUAAGUGCGUCCAGCACAUUUCAAAAUAAACCUGUGUCGCAUUAUUUUUUGCUGGCUUUUGUUUUAAAUAAUAAUUGUGAUAUCAGUUCACAGUGUAUGAAAGUUUAUGUAAGUUUUAAAUCCUUCCUUCAACAUUUAAGAACCACCAUAAAUCUGGUCAUUUGGUAAGUAGCAGCUACGCUAGGGGAGAGAAGAUUCUGUGGCGAUGUAUGCGAUGUACGUCUGAUUUGUUGUCAGGCUCAUUACGAAUGUUUACAAGCUGAUAAAUCUCAAAGUACGUGACUGGUGUGGUCGAAACACACAUCAUUGGUUUUCAUUUAAAAUGAAGUACAACACAGGUGUGACUCAGGGCAUAAGGCAAAGCGGAUUAGAAAAUAGCCCAUUUAGUCCCGUUGACUUGCAUUCAUUUUUUCGUUCUUCCAGGGACCAAUGAGCCGACCGGAAAUGGAGCAGACUGGCUCCCUAUAGUCCUCUGGUAAAACUCAGCCUAAACUGUCCUUUUGCCACCAUGACCUAUUAGAACUGAGGAGUGGGAAUGUUUUCCCACAGAUACAAAAACAUUCUUUUUCUUUUUUUAGUGUUGUUAAUGUGGAUGUUACUGCCCCCUAAUGGAGUGGAAGAGGUAUUUCAACUUUGUUUAACUUAAAGUUCUGCUUCUUGUCUGUAUCUGCAGUAGUGAAGUUGGGGCCCAAAAUUAGGGGCAGCAACUUAACUCGGUGUAAAGAAAAAGUAUGCGAACCCUUUAGAAUGAUCUUCAUUUGGUUAUACAUUCACUGUGUAAAAACAGGCAGGAAUAUUCAGGAAAUGAUAGUUUAUUGGACCUCUCUGAUUUAACCUAAAAUUCUGCUGGAAUUUCCAAGUGCCUGGAACGUUAGAAUAGAUGGAAUAUUUUGUGAUUAUUCAUUCACUUUGAGCAAACUGAGAAUAUUUAACAUCUAAAGAUCAUGAAGUCUUUUCUGUAUCUGAUAGAAAUCUGCCUGAACGAACUGGAGAUGUAGAUCAUCUACAGCAGGGGUGCCCAUCCUGGUCCUGGAGGGCCGGUAUCCUGCAUGUUUUAGUUUGAACUCUGUUUCAACACACUUGAUUUCAAUCAGCAGCUAAUUAAGAGGCUUCUGCAGAGCCUGAUGAGCUGCUGCACAGGCGUUUCAACCACUGAAUCAAGUCUGUUGGAGCAGAAAAACCACAAAACCUUCUAGAUACCGGCCCUCCAGGGCCAGGAUUGGUCACCCCUGAUCUAAAGGGUUCACUUUCUUUUUUUAGCCACUUCCUAACAAACAUAACAAGAAACCUUUUUAUGUAAGCUGUUGUCAUUCACCUGAAAUCCAUCAACACAUCAAUCUAUCGGUAUGGUUUAGCAGUUUUCGUGGCAACAGGUACUUCAAGACCGGACAUUUCAUCCAGCUAAUGCAUUGUGUUUAUGUUGUGACUAUUUUUUGCUGUUGCUAUGAACUGUACAAGUACAUUUUUGUUUGUUUAGAUGUUAGCUCUUAUAUUGUACAAUGACACAGUGGGAUUAUUAUGUAAUAACCCAGUAUAGCUCAUUUCUAAACUGUAAAGAAUGUGAAAAAAGCACUUUAUGAUGCUUUUAUGGUGAUAGCACUGUCACCAUUUACUGUUUGUAAUGUGUUUGCACAAAGUGGCUAAUACAACACUGCUCAGUUUCCAUUAAA